GAAAUCGGAGGCUGCCGGGCGCGGACGCCGGGAGGGAAAGGCAUCCGGAGGGAAGGCCCGGGGCCGCUGUCGAGUUCCCAGCGGCCUGCCCUGUUCUGCCAGCCGCCCCGCCGCGGGCGAUGCUCGGAUGCCCCUGCUCCGUCUUCGCCAGCCGGAAACUUUGCCCGGAGAAGUCUUCCACCCUCCUGACCGCACGGAGAGGCGCCUGGUGGGCCGCGCGCCCCCAGGGGCCCCGCAGCCCCGCGCGUGAUUGCGGGGGCCCCCAGGCGCCUGGCGCACGCCGCGACCCGCCGUGCGCGAGCGGCCGCCAGGAUGCGCUACGCGGACCCCUCGGCGAACCGGGAUUUGUUGGGGAACCGAACUUUGCUCUUCAUCUUCAUCUGCGCCUUCGCCUUGGUGACCUUGCUGCAACAGAUCUUGUAUGGCAGGAACUACAUCAAGAGGGUGAAGCAGCUGGAGCUGUUCGACAGGUGGAAGAGCCUCCAGAUAUGCAAAUGGGCGAUGAACAUCUCUGAAGCCAACCAGUUCAAGUCCACUCUGUCCAGGUGCUGCAAUGCCCCCUCCUUCCUCUUCACCACCCAGAAGAACACGCCCCUGGGGACGAAACUCAAGUAUGAGGUGGACACCAGCGGCAUCUACCACAUCAACCGGGAGAUCUUCCACAUGUUUCCCAAGGACAUGCCCUACUACCGGUCCCAAUUUAAGAAGUGUGCCGUGGUGGGCAAUGGGGGCAUCCUGAAGAACAGCCGCUGCGGGAGGGAGAUCAACAGCGCCGACUUUGUCUUCCGGUGCAACCUACCCCCCAUCUCGGAGAAGUACACCAUGGAUGUAGGGGUGAAGACAGAUGUGGUCACGGUGAACCCCAGCAUCAUCACAGAGAGGUUCCACAAGCUGGAGAAGUGGCGGCGGCCCUUUUACCGGGUGCUUCAGGUGUACGAGAACGCGUCCGUGCUGCUGCCUGCAUUCUACAACACGCGCAACACCGACGUGUCCAUCCGCGUCAAGUACGUGCUGGACGACUUCGAGUCGCCGCAGGCCGUGUACUACUUUCACCCGCAGUACCUGGUCAACGUGUCGCGCUACUGGCUCAGCCUCGGGGUGCGCGCCAAGCGCAUCAGCACCGGCCUCAUCCUGGUCACGGCGGCGCUGGAACUGUGCGAGGAGGUGCACCUGUUCGGCUUCUGGGCCUUCCCCAUGAACCCCUCGGGCCUCUACAUCACCCACCACUACUAUGACAACGUCAAGCCCCGCCCGGGCUUCCACGCCAUGCCCUCCGAGAUCUUCAACUUCCUGCACCUGCACAGCCGCGGCAUCCUGCGUGUGCACACAGGCACCUGCAACUGCUGCUGAGGGCGGCGCAGGCUGCCCGCCAGCCCGGCACACGGAACCUCGCUCCUCCUCGCCCGCCCGCCCGCCCGCAGGGCAGGGUGAAGGCCUGGCGCUGAGGCUGGCACGCCCUCGGACGCUCGGCUUCGGGCUUGGGUCCUGUGGGCUGGGAGGC